AUCGGGUUAGGUUGUUAGAAAGUUAAUGGCUGGGGGAAAGAGAUCCUCCUCAACCCUCGCUUCGGGAGAGUUUCUGGAUUCCCUGAAGUAAAAUCACGCAAAUAACCUAAAACAAAGAGCCUGGGCGGACGUUUAAGUCAACAACUAGCGCGUAAACCCAGUAUCGUGAACAUAAGUAUGCAGGAUGCAGUAGCCGGGACGGCAAUGCUGACGGACGGCUUCGAGGACGAGAUUGACUCGGUGACUCCUCGCUCCCCAGUGGCAGGGAUGGGGGUAGGAGCGACACCAGGAGGAGUCGGACUGGGGGGCAUUGGGAUUGGUGUAGGCGGAAAGAAAGUACGCUUGUACGGUGAGCCAAGCGGGCCUGCUGCAGAAAGACUGGAUUUUAAACUGGCGGCCGCGGCCGUACUCUCAUCUGGUCCUGGAUCCGGCAGCGACGAAGACGAGGUUUCAGAGGUGGAGUCCUUCAUUCUUGACCAGGAGGACUUGGAUAACCCCAUAAUGAAGACUGCGUCAGAGUUGCUCUUGUCCAGUGCCACAGACGGGGUUGAUUUGAGAACUGUUGAUCCAGAGACACAGGCACGGCUCGAAGCUCUAUUGGAAGCUGCAGGCAUCGGUAAACUGUCCACUGCCGAUGGUAAAGCUUUUGCAGACCCUGAAGUGCUACGGCGGCUGACAUCGUCUGUGAGUUGUGCCCUGGACGAAGCAGCAGCAGCCCUGACGCGGAUGAGGGCGGAAAACACACUCAAUGCAGGCCAAGCAGACAACCGUAGUUUAGCAGAGGCGUGCUCAGAUGGGGAUGUCAACGCAGUCCGCAAACUGUUGGAUGAGGGACGGAGCGUCAACGAACACACAGAAGAAGGAGAGAGCUUGUUGUGUCUUGCCUGCUCAGCUGGCUAUUAUGAACUUGCACAGGUGUUAUUAGCCAUGCAUGCCAAUGUAGAGGACAGAGGCAUCAAAGGGGACAUAACACCACUAAUGGCAGCAGCCAGUGGAGGUUAUGUAGAUAUCGUCAAACUCCUUUUGGUCCACGGAGCAGAUGUAAACGCACAGUCCUCUACAGGAAACACGGCUCUGACGUAUGCAUGUGCAGGUGGCUUUGUAGAUGUGGUAAAAGUGCUACUCAAAGAGGGUGCUAACAUCGAGGACCACAAUGAGAACGGGCACACUCCCCUCAUGGAGGCAGCGAGUGCGGGUCAUGUGGAGGUUGCCAGAUUGCUCUUGGAGUAUGGCGCUGGCAUCAACACACACUCCAAUGAGUUCAAAGAAAGCGCUCUCACGCUCGCCUGCUACAAAGGUCACUUGGACAUGGUGCGUUUUCUGUUGGAGGCUGGAGCAGAUCAAGAACACAAGACUGAUGAGAUGCACACAGCUCUGAUGGAAGCUUGCAUGGACGGCCAUGUGGAGGUAGCGCGACUCUUACUGGAUAGCGGGGCUCAGGUGAACAUGCCUGCAGAUUCCUUUGAGUCACCCCUCACCCUGGCAGCCUGUGGGGGACAUGUGGAGCUGGCAGCUUUGCUCAUUGAGAGAGGAGCCAACCUGGAGGAGGUUAAUGAUGAGGGUUACACACCUCUUAUGGAGGCAGCUCGAGAAGGUCACGAGGAGAUGGUAGCUCUGCUACUAGCUCAAGGUGCAAACAUCAACGCACAGACAGAAGAAACCCAGGAAACAGCCCUGACUUUAGCAUGCUGUGGAGGUUUCUUAGAAGUUGCAGACUUUCUCAUUAAGGCGGGAGCUGAUAUAGAGUUAGGCUGUUCCACUCCUCUCAUGGAAGCUGCCCAGGAAGGCCACCUAGAGUUGGUGAAAUACCUAUUAAAUGCAGGAGCAAAUGUUCACGCAACAACAGCCACUGGUGACACAGCAUUAACUUAUGCCUGUGAGAAUGGACACACAGACGUUGCAGAUGUGCUUCUGCAGGCUGGGGCCAACCUGGAACAUGAGUCUGAAGGGGGGCGAACUCCUUUGAUGAAGGCAGCAAGGGCAGGCCAUCUUUGCACAGUGCAGUUCCUGAUCAGCAAAGGUAGUGUUUAUUUUUU